AUGGGCAUCCAAGAGACUGGCGCGCCAUUUGGCGGGCAGCAAGAUGAGACGCAGGCCCGUGAGGAUGGUGUGGAAAAAAAGAGUGAGCGCUGCCGCAAGGAAAAAAAAUAUCGUGAGCUGGCAUCAGAUUCUAUGACCAAACCCUUCGAGACCCGCAUAGCUGCUAUUCGCAGUUGCUCGGUGGCGUUCUUCGAGUUCAGUGGUGAGCAGCAACCGACCGCGAGCCGAUUCUCAGAGAUGUCGGGUGAAGGGGCCGUACCGCGCGAGCGCCCUGUAGCAGGACGCCGAGCAGAAUGUUGCUUGGCGACGGACACCGCCCUCCACCCCCGCUCCCGCCACUCCGCUCGCCGCCCCCGCCGCUACCCCCGCCCCUCCGCUCCCCCACACGUCGACGCCGAGGUCCGGCCGCCGUGCCCGGUCCCUCAGAGGCGGCGGUGGCGGCAGGCGUCGCGACGUCCGGCAGCAAUGGCCGCCGGCGCCGGCGCCGCUAUCGAUUGCCGGCCCUUCCUGCCGCCGCCUCGCAGCGUCCCCGGCGCAGCGCACCCUCCGCCACCUGCCGCACCUCUGCCCCUCACGCCGUCCGCCUCACCAAAGCCUCGGCCACGUCCGAAAACUUCCCCAGACUGUAGCAGUGUUUUGACGUUCUCACCGUGUCGCUCGACAAAGUGUCAGCCAGUUCGUAACCCUCCAUUACCAAUUCAGGGAGCUAACCCUACGAGGAACAGACAUCAUGGUGAGCUUUGA